CCUCUCGGUCUUUUCAAAUAUCUCAAAAUACUCAAACCCUCUUCCUUCUUCUUCUCAAUAAGACAUCAAAACAAAAGUUAUCAUCUUGUUUCUUGUUUGGUUGUGUUUUGUGUGGAUGACUCGUCGGUGUUCGCAUUGUAGCAACAAUGGACACAACUCUCGCACCUGUCCGACGCGUGGGAGUGGCACGUGUGGUGUCGGAGGAUCGUCUUCCUCCUCCGUGAAGCUAUUCGGCGUGAGGUUAACGGAUGGGUCGAUUAUUAAAAAGAGUGCGAGUAUGGGUAACCUCUCUGCAUUGGCCGUGCACCACCGUUUAUCUCCGUCGUCUCCUUUAGCUACGGGCAAUCAUAACGACUCGCCGUUGUCGGAUCACGCGCGGUACUCGAAUCAAGAUAACGAAGGGUAUUUAUCUGAUGAUACAGCUCGUGGUUCCGGGUCUAUCCACCGUCGUGUGGAGAAGAAGAGAGGUGUUCCUUGGACCGAAGAGGAGCACAAGCUAUUCUUAGUAGGUCUUCAGAAGCUAGGUAAAGGAGAUUGGCGUGGUAUAUCAAGAAACUAUGUAAUGUCGAGAACCCCUACACAAGUGGCUAGUCAUGCUCAAAAGUAUUUCAUCCGCCAUACUUGUUCCAGCCGCAGGAAAAGACGUUCUAGCCUCUUUGACAUGGUUACAGAUGAAAUGGUAACGGAUUCAUCACCAACACAGGAAGACCAUAGCUUAAACCGUUCCUCUCCAAGCAAGGAACCCAAAAGCAAGACCUACAUUCCUUCACUAGAGCUCUCACUCAAUAAUACUACAAAAUCUGAAGCGGUCACCAUGGCGCCACAACAGGGGAAACUUAAGGAAGUCACAGAACCAUCAAACGGUCUUUCACCAAUGCUAGUCCCAAGCGGGUUCUUUCCUCCUUGUUUGCCAGUCAUUUACACGAUUUGGCUCCCCACUUCACUUCAAGGAACAGAGCAUUCCUUGGAAGCUGAGACUUCUUCUCAGCAGCACCAGGUCCUAAAACCAAAACCUGGAUUUGCUAAAGAACGUACGUGUGAGCAUGGACGAGCUGGUCGGUAUGUCUCAGCUUAG